UGUCAUAUGUUUUUGUUAUUCUAUUCUCCUUUUAGUAAGAUAUUGUGAAUAAUUCAAAGUUUUAGUUCAUUGAGUUAUAUUUUUUGUAAAACUAUUAUCAUAAAUUAAGAAUGUCUGGAUUUACUGACGCAAGUGACGAUGAAUUUCACGACGCACUUACUGAAGUGCCUGGCGAAAAAGAAACGAGUACAACCUCAGAAAUCGUAGCGAAUGAAACCACCAAUUCGUCACACCUUAAAACUAAUGAAGAAUUCAUUGAAGAAAUAACACGCCAGCAGGAUGAUCUCAGACUUCCUGAUGGUGUUGAGGAAAAUGAUGAUGCUGAAAAAAAAUCAGACAAAGAUAAAGCUGAUGACAUUUCAAAAAUGUUCUCUGAUGAUAUAAAUAUUGAAGAGUUGCGUGAACGGGAAAAGACCAUGAAUCCAGAAGAAUUGCAGCAAAACAAAGAGGAAUCAGAUAGAAUGAAAUUAGAAGCAAAUGAGCUGUUCAAGUCAGGUAAUGCACUAAAAGCUGUUGAAAUUUACACAAAUGCUUUGCACAUUUGCCCCACAACUUAUACCAAAGAGCGUGCUAUAUUGUAUGGUAACCGAGCUGCUGCUAAAAUUAAUUUGGACUCGAAGAAAUCGGCUUUAGGCGAUUGUACAAAGGCUAUUGAGUUAUGGCCAGAUUACGUACGUGCACUCAUGAGACGUGCAAAAUUGUGCGAAAAUGAAGAUCGAUUGGAAGACGCAUUGGCAGAUUAUCAACGUGUGUGUGAAUUAGAGCCAGGCCAAAGAGAAGCGCGGGAAGCUGUCUCACGUCUACCAGAACAAAUCACUGAACGUAAUGAGCGUUUAAAAACAGAGAUGCUCUCUAAACUAAAAGAUCUUGGUAAUAUGUUCCUUAAACCAUUCGGAUUAUCCACGCAGAAUUUCCAGAUGCAGCAAGAUCCUAAUACAGGCUCUUAUUCCGUAAAUUUUCAACAAAAUCCUAGAUAGUUUAUGUUUAUACCAAUAUCGAACUUAGGAUGCUUCAAUUAUAAUUAUUAUAAAUAUAUUUUAUAAGCCGUGUAAAUAUAAGUAAAUUUCUGUUUAAAUCAAACGUAAAUAAAUUGUAAUUAAAAUAUUA